UUGGGUUACGGACUAAUUUGUCGUAUUGUGUUUUCGCUCUUAAUUGUGUUUCUUGAAUGACUGCCGCAGCAGAUUCCCAUGCUCUACCUAAAACAUUAACUAAUUUUUGUUUAAAUUCAUUCACUUCAAUGGGACUUUCUAAAUCAAUCUUGGGGUCGAUUAUUUGCUCUAUGCAAAAUAUCGGGUCCCGCCCAUACAUAAGAAAGAAGGGUGUCUCAUUGGUUGAAGCAUGAGUGGAUGUGUUAUAGCAAAAAGUCGCGCACUCAAUAUAUUCAUCAAAGUCAGGUUCGUCCUUGGAAAGAUAUUUUGACAGAAUAUUGUGAAACGUUCUGAAGGAUCUCUCCACUACUGGGUUACCUUGGCUCCAAUGGGGAGUGGCGUAGCAUUUAUUAAUAUAUAAGAGAGAGCAAAAUGACUUGAAAAAGUCCGAAGUGAAUGCUGUCGCAUUGUCAGUUAAAAGAUUUGUGCAUCCUCCAAAUUUGAGGUAACAAUUUUUGAAAAAGGCCAUCGCAAUGGUUUUAGCUUUUGCAUCAGGAAGGGGAACAGAAAUAAUAUAUUUAGUGAAAGUACAUAUUAUAUUUAGAAGGUGCUUAUUUCCUUUUUGUGUGAGAGGUAGAGGGCCUGCAAGGUCUAAAGCAAUUUGGGCAAACAAAGUAUUUUUGGGUGGCAUUUGCAUUUCAGCACGGUAAGCAGGGUUAGGUGAGUGCCUAAGCUGGCAUGUAAUACACAACUUCGUCCAGUUAGCAAUGUCUCUAUGCAUCAUUGGCCAAUAAAAUUUCCUACAUUUAUUAAGUGUCUUUUUGAGAUUCAUGUGC